AUGCCGCCGACGCGCGAGCACCACCGGCGUCACAGCCUCUCCCACACCGCGAUGCCGUCGCUACCGCUGCUGCCGCUGCUCAGCCUGCUGCUGCUGCUGCUGCUGCUGGUGGCAGCCGCCGCUAGCCAGGAGGCGGGCUCGUCCGCCCCUAGCAACGCCGCCCCCGAGGAGCCGCAGGACUCAGCGGCCUCCGCAUCCUCCGCCUCCGGCUCCGCUUCCUCGUCGCCCCCCGCCUCUCAGCCGCCUACGGCUGCCCCCGAAUCUGCAGAAAGAACGGCGGAACCGAAGUUGGGCGUAGACGAGGAGGAGGCGGACCGCCUGCGCGCUGCGUUUGGCUACGGCGGAGGCGGCGCUGCGGGGGAGACGACGCACGGCGUGGGAUACGGACACCACCUGCAUCCGUUCUACUACAAUAACAACGAGGAUUCUCUGCUGUACCAGUGCGCGUUGCAAGGUGAAUGGAAGCCCAUCGUGAGCAGCAAGCCGCUGGAGGAGCACUUGUCGACGCACGUGGAGCUGCCCUUGCCCGCCGCCCCCCACGUGCACCUACCGGCGCUGGGCGACGAAGCGAGUCUGCUGUUUACGCCACCCCUGCCGCCGCCGCCGCCGCCGCCACCGCUGCUGUCUCUGCCGCCGCCGCAGCACCACGUGCACCGACCGCCGCCCUUCAGGCCGGGCCCACGGCCCGGAAAAUUCAGUGGCAGCAGGCUGAGGCGACCGCCCUUCAUCCCGCUGAGAAGGCCUCCUCUGGGCGAGCACAUCCAUCACCAUCAUCCGCCACCGCACAAGAGACCACCCCCGCUACCGCUGUCCGCCUCCUUCAACGAUGUCGCUGGUGCCGGCCACGUGCUAAGGGACAGCUAUGGCAACGUCAUCAAGGACUCUUACAAAGGUGGCCACUACAAGGAAGGGGGCGGCCACUUCAAGGACGGUUAUCACAAGGAGCCGCACGGCCACGUCGUGUUCAAGGACUUGCACUUUAAAGGCGAAGGCGGUGGCGGUGGUGGAGGCGGCGGUGGCGGGGGCUACGGAUUCGGAGGACCUGGAUUCAAGGACGGGUUCGCUGGUGGCCACAAGUUCAACGGCGUCGGUUUCAAAGAUGGCUUUGGGGGCGGACUACAUUUCAAGGACACACACAUCAAAGACUCGUAUACUGGCUACGGGUUCAAAGACGGUUUUGGGAGUGGUCAGUUAGAUUUCGGGAACACUUUGGGCGAUCUCUCACUAAUUAAAGACGGUUUAGGCAACGGCGGCGGCGGUUUUCAGCAAGACUCGUACUUCAGUGGUGGAGGGGGUGGUGGAUACAGUGACGGAGGACUCAAAGAUACGGCUCUGAAUGAAGAGUUCAACAGUGUGGGAUUGCAAGGCAACUACGAUGGUCAGAUUUUGAAAGACUUGGGUGGAGGAGACGCCGCUUACGGUGGCCAGCUCGGAUUGUCGAUCGACUCUGGUUCCGUUGACGGUCACAACAAUGUCGGUGGUAGUAGCGGCGGGUACAGUGAUUUGAACGCAGUAGAUCCCGCUGUUGCAGGGUUGGUGGAUAUAGUGCUGAAAGGUGGCGUAGGGGGUGAGGGCAACAUCGAUCCUUCCAGUUACCAGGUGCUCCCGCAGGAUGUGGGAGGAGCGUCUGGAGGCUCGUCUGAUAUGUACGGAAAUGGAGGAGGUGGUAGUGUCGGUGUUGGUGUUGGUGGUGGUGGUCACAGCAUUGACAGCGGGUUCGGCAUCACGUCUGGAGCAGCUGGAGGAUACAGUGGAGGAGGCACUGUGGCGGACACAUACGGCAGUGGAGGAGUUGCUGGCGGUAACGGAAUAGGGUUUAGUUUUGGCGCGUCUGGUGGUGGGGGCUAUGGCGCAGGAGGAGCUGUGGCGGAUGCUUUCGGGAGUGCAGGUAUUUCUGCUGUCUCGGCCACUGGACACAGUAUCGCAGGUGGUGCGGGAGGCAACGGCUACGGAAACGCAGACAUGUACGGCAGCGGCGGCGGACUGGCAGACAACGUGGUGCUGGUGCAGGACUCAGCCGCUGCCGCCCUGCUCGGGGGCGGAGGGCACGGGGGCGGCGGCCUGCCGGCUGGCGGCCUCGCGGGCAGCGCCCUCACCACUGGCGGCUUCGGGGGCGGCGGUUACGCUGCAGGUGGACUGGGCCUCGGAGACGGACACAUCGUGACGUCACACGACGUCUCGGCGCACCACCAGCUAGGGCCGCUCUCCUGCACGGCCUCCAGCCACUACCAGGUGCAAGACCACUCGCUCGCGGACGAGGAGCCGGUGCUGGUGGGCUCUGCGUCCACAGUGCCACUGGAGGCGCUGCCUCUGGUGGCGCGGAACGGCGCCGGGCCCGACAGCAAGCCCACCGCGGACGUGGAGGCGGCGCCAGCGCAGGCCGUCGCGGAUGCUGGAGGGGAGGCGCCUCGAGCUUUCCUGACGCCGCCUCCCGCGGGGGCGGCAGCCUGGUCUCGCAGGGCGCGUGCUCCGCCCCCGGGAGCCAACGCUGGCCGCAGUCGGCUCAUCGCCAUGCCUCGCCCCCGAGGCUUCUAG